AUGACUUCCCAUGCAGAGUACGGCCAGGAAACGGCCGGGUCCGAGGUAGCCCGGGCAUUUGCAGAUCAAAUUCGGGGAAAGACAAUUCUCGUCACGGGAGUGAGCCCCAAAGGCAUCGGUGCAGUCACCGCCCUCAACCUCGCGUCGCAACAGCCUGCGCUGCUCAUCCUCGCGUCCCGCACCAGAUCCCGGCUGCAAGAGAUCGCAGACCACCUUUCACAAACACACCCCGAUACCCGCAUCGAAACCGUCCUCCUAGACCUCGGCUCACAACAGGCUGUCCGCCAAGCCGCGCGCGAUGUGGCCGCCCUCACCGACAAGCUCGACAUCCUCAUUAACAACGCCGGCAUCGUCGUUACCUCACGCCAAGCCACGCCCGAAGGUAUCGAGCAGCAGUUCGGCACCAACCAUAUCGGGCCUUUCCUCUUCACCAAUCUCCUCCUCCAUUUACUCCGCAAUGCUGCGCAAUCCAACCCGCCCGGCACGACCCGAAUUGUAUCCCUCGCCAGCGCGGGCCAUAGACUGUCGCCCAUCCGCUUCUCCGAUUACAACCUGGAGCCCGGCAAGGACGUUCCCCCCGAGGAAGACCAUAUCAAGCCGCUAAAGGGAGCCUUUGCCAAGUGCACGCCAGACGGAUACAACGGGAUCGUCGCAUAUGCGCAGUCCAAGACGGCGAAUAUCCUGUUUGCGCUGUACCUGCAGAAGCAUCUCGCCGCCAGCGGCAUCGCGUCGUAUGUGUUGCAUCCGGGGACUGUCGAAACGGACCUCAGUAGGGACCAGGAUGACGAGUUGACCGCCCAAUUUUAUAAAGCUGGGCUGUUUUGGAAAACGGCUGAUCAGGGGAGCGCCACCACACUUGUAGCUGCGUUGGAUCCGGCACUAAACGAGCCACAAAGGUUCUACCUCUCAGACUGCCAAUUUGCAGAGCCAGCUCCACACGCUGGCAGUCUUGCUUCGGCUGAGCGCCUGUGGAAGCUUAGCGAGGUUCUGGUAGGGGAGAACUUUGACCUUGGGUCUUGA